AACACGGGGCCCUUACCGCAUAAUGGCCCUCGGGCCAAUGGGCCUCGGGCCAUUAUGUCGGCAGCGGGCCGAUUAUAUACGUCCGGCCCAGCUCUGCCAUAUUAUUGUCUUAAGUCACACAAUAUUCCCUUUACAUGUACCAACAUGUCAAAAUGUAAUUUAAAGAAUAGAAUAUGCAGAUAUUUCUACACAUGUGACCAGACAUGACUUUUAAAGACCAUGAAUGCACUUUCCUACAUCAUUCACAUGCCUUUGCAUGGCAAAUAUUCAAAUAAUAAUUCCUCUCAAUCGUGUUUGAAUUACAUUUCAUUCUUCCAGGGAAUCAAAUAGUCCCUUUAACUGUAUUUCAUAUCAGAUAAUUCUUAAAUGCUGAAUGCUUUUUUCUUGACUUUGGGAAAGGGUCUGGACUUCCAUUUUUGGGAAAAAAAGGAAGAAUUUUCCCAAAGUAAGCUUAAACAUUCUCUUACAGGCAAGGGCCUUUCUCUUGGGUGCAGAUGAUUUUAUAAGGCCCUUGCUAGAGAAGGAAAUAAAGUCCUGAUGUUCAUAAUAAGUAUUUAUGCAGUAAUUGAUAAAUGUCGUUAGGCUUUCAGAUGGCCAACAAGCUAAUGGACAAUCCUUAGUAAUAACCAGAGAGCCAGAACCCCUAUGACAAAAGAAAUGAAUGAAAGAUGGUGGACCCUUUCAGAAAGACAAGUGGCCCACAUAAGCUCUGAUAGUGAUGUCGGUCAAGAAAGCUUUGUCACAGAUUUUAUCCAGAAGAAGUGAUAGAAGACGUGGGUCGUAUCCAGCAGGGGGCUGUCCCAUUGGUGCUUCGCUUGCUUGGCAACUGAACUGGCGACCUGGCCCUGUGUCACAACAGCCUCCAGCUGUGUUGCGGGCUGUUUGAGAGGUCCGAUGUCGUCUUCGUUAUGAUGAUGGAGCAGGAACUGCUGGAGGUGCUGGCUAACAUGCUUGUCACACUGCUGCAGACUGGGUCAAGGUCAAUAAUGGCUUUACACAGGCAGUCAGUUGCUGGACGAAUUAUGAGAAUGCGGCGUGCCACAGCAGCCACAGUAGUCUCUCAGCAGGCGUUCACUGUUUCCAUCCUGAUGUCGUGUGUAGAGGAUGUACAGAACGUGAUGUCAGUUUGCAGUGUUCCACUUCUCGAAACUGAGGAAAGACUUAUAAUGGAGAUGGCAAACAAGCUCAUGGUUAUGCUAGAAAAUGUGCACGAGAGGGCCAGGAGACCUUUAACAAGAGAGAUCAUUGAAAGACGACAGACUCUUUCUGAGAGACAGGUUCAUCAAUUAGAUUCCGUUAGUUCAGAGUCAAGUGAUACACAAGGAGAUGCCAUGGAUCCUUUUGACAAUUCGAAUAAAAGUUCGAAAACGAGUUCAGGCAGUGGGGAUCGAACUCCUCCGAAAAGGAAACGACUCAGUAUGAAACAAAUAUCCAGAGAGUCAAGGCUGUCCAAUGCGAGGGAACUGCCAACUAUAGAAGGGCAUCACGGUGCUGAUGUGACUGAGGAAGAGGAAACCACAUCAGCCCACCCAGCAGACCCAGCCACAGCAACCCCACUGGCCACAGCCCCGUUAGAGGCCCCAGUGGUGACAACCCCACUCAUGGUGACAGCCCAAGUGGAGACAGCCCCAGCUUGUACACAAAGAAGGCUAACCAGUGAACUGAUGGACACUGAGGAAACCAGAGCAGUCCACCCAGCAGACCCAGCCACAGCAACCCCUCUGGCCACAGCCCUCUUAGAGGCCCCAGUGGUGAGAACCCCACUCAUGGUGACAGCCCAAGUGGAGACAGCCCCGGCUUGUACACAAAGAAGGCUAACCAGUGAACUGAUGGACACUGAGGAAACCAGAGCAGCCCACCCAGCAGACCCAGCCACAGCAACCCCACUGGCCACAGCCCCGUUAGAGGCCCCAGUGGUGACAACCCCACUCAUGGUGACAGCCCAAGUGGAGACAGCCCCAGCUUGUACACAAAGAAGGCUAACCAGUGAACUGAUGGACACUGAGGAAACCAGAGCAGCCCACCCAGCAGACCCAGCCACAGCAACCCUACUGGCCACAGCCCCCUUAGAGGCCCCAGUGGUGACAACCCCACUCAUGGUGACAGCCCAAGUGGGGACAGCCCCAGCUUGUACACAAAGGGAUACAAUAGAUCUGCUAAAAGUUCUACUAACAGAGAGCCUGCGUGAAAAUAAUAAAACACUCAGAUAUAUGGAAAAGACCCAAAACAACUUACAGAUGCGAAUUGACGAAAUGAAAGCAACAAUUGAUGGCAUAGAGUUACAACUGACAGCCAUUUGAGAGAUCUUGUGUCUUUCGACCUAUGAAGAUGCCCCACAACCGCCCAUGCCAUUUUGAAGUGUUGCUAGUUUUUUUAAAGAUUUGUUUGCAGUUAAUGCUCUUGAUGUCUUAAAUACAUUUACAUAUUAUUAUAUUGUACAAUAUUUGUUUUGUUAAUUCAGUUUAUACUUGGUUGCAACUUUUAUUUUUUGUUUUUGGUUAGCUAUUGUUAAGGAAAUAUGGCAAAAUGCCUUGCCUAUUGUUAUUUAUUAUUGAGUUUCAACUGCUAUUUGAUUUGUUAAUGUGAAUUGUGUUUCGUGUUGUUUUUUAUCUCAAGUGUUGGAUGGAUUAAUAAUUCAUAAUUGUUA